CUGCAUCUCAUUCUCCUCUGUCUCCCCGAAUCAUGCCACCGAAAAGAAGUGCAUCCACGUCCAAGCGAAAGCUGUCUUCAUCGCCAGAGGAAGAUCAGCCCGACACGGCGACAAAGCGCGCGAAGAUUGGAGGGAAUGUCAAUGCCAAGGGGGACGGGUCGGCGGGCGACGCUGCUGGCGCCGGCAUUGGUCCCAAUGGUCAACCGACAAACAAGGUCAUGCCCGUACAGAUCAGGUUCCCGAAAAAAGCCGCAGGAACGCUUCGGAUUGCCUCUUGGAACAUCUGUGGACUGGCGGCUUCUCAAAAGAAGGGCUUUAAGUAUUAUGUAGAGGCAGAGGAUCCGGAUAUUCUCGUGUUGACGGAGACCAAGAUUAACGACGAGCCUGUCGACCCGACAUUAACCAAACGAUACCCCUACAGAUACUGGUCAAUCUCCGAGAAGAAGACCUAUUCGGGCACGUCCAUCUUGUCCAAGCACGAACCAUUGUCCGUGACAAAGCAUCUCCCUGGUCAUCCAGAAGAAGGGACAACAAAAGGACGAAUUGUGACCCUGGAGUUCAAGGAAACAUAUGUUGUCGGGACGUACGUGGUGAACGCAGGAGAAAAACUGAAGACCAUGGACGCCAAGAAGCUAUGGCAAACACAUUUCGAGGCAUACCUGCGCUCCCUGGAUGCCAAAAAAUCCGUUAUCUGGGUUGGUGAUCUCAACGUAGCGCCAGAAGCAAUAGACCUCGCUAAUCCACAGCGCAAUUGGAACAAAACUCCCGGUUAUACAGAAAUCGAGACGUCUUGGUUCAAGAAUGUGCUCAACCCAUCUGGAAACACCGACGCAGAUUCAGAGCCCAAGAAGUUCGUGGAUGUAUGGAGACACUUGCAUCCAGGCUUGCGUCACUAUACCUACUUUUCGUAUCGUUUCAAUGCACGUAUGAAAGGUCUUGGCUGGAGGCUCGACAUGUUUGUACUCAGCGAGCGGAUACUCAGGCGCGUCAAGAUGUGCGAAAUACGCAGCGAGUGUUACGGAGCAAGCGACCAUGUACCCAUCGUUAUGGACAUAGAGGGCGAGCUCUGA